AUGAAGAUGUUGGUUUCCCUGUGUUUUUUACUUGUUGGAAUCCUUUCCAACAGUUACUGCUAUGAGCCUUAUCCACAAGGGGUAAGAAACCAGAACCCAAGAGCACAAGAAAACCAAAAUAUGCCAUGGCAGAAUGUAAGGAACAGUGUUUGUCGAUUUGCAUGUUGUUUCUACAAAGAUAUUUCUUCUCGUGAAAACAACGGAAAUGUUUUCUUCUCUCCUUUGAGCAUCUCAACUGCCUUUGCAAUGCUGACUCUGGGUGCCAGAUCAGACACCCUGACACAGAUUCUUAGGGUCCUUUGCUUUAACCCUCGUCAGAUUUCUGAAAAUGAGAUACAUGAAGGUUAUCGUCAACUCAUGCAAGUGGUAAACAGAAGGAAUGCUGGGCUACAGUUGAAUAUGGGAAAUGUUCUGUUUGUGCUUGAUCGACUGAAGCCACAAGAAAGAUUUUUAAGUAAUCUCAGAAACUUCUAUGAAGGAGAAGCUUAUCCUAUGAACUUCAAGCAGGCUAAUCAAGCCCAGAUAAAGAUCAAUGAAUAUGUAGCAAGAAGAACGAAUGGAAAAAUCAGGGACCUCAUAAAUAACCUAGAUCCACUUACUGAAAUUCUCCUUAUUAGCUAUAUUUAUUUUAACGCUGAAUGGGAAAAACCUUUCGAUCCAAAGUACACCAAAAUGAGCAAAUUUUUUGUGGAUGGGACCAAGGUUGUUGAAGUCCCAAUGAUGUUUGGAAUUGGCCUGUUCAAGCAUGGCUAUGAUGAGCAGCUGUCUUCCACUGUGGUGCAAAUGGAUUACAAAGGAGGUGCUUCAGCGUUUUUUAUUCUGCCUGAUAGAGGAAGAAUGAGGAAGCUGGAGAAAAAAUUGUCUUGUGAACAUUUGUCAAGAUGGUCGACAUUAGUCACAAAAAGCUCAGUAAAUUUGUAUCUUCCAAAAUUCACGCUUUAUGGGACGUAUAACCUAAAAGAUAUCUUAUAUAAAAUGGGCAUCAUGGAUCUAUUCACUGAUAAGGCUGACCUCUCUGGGAUCACUGGGCAGCCUCAGCACAGAAUUUCCCAGGCUAUUCAUAAGGCUGUGGUAAAGGUGGAUGAGACUGGCACCGAAGCAGCAGCUGCCACAGGCAUGGAAAUAGUGCCCAUGUCCGUUCCAAUUACCGUUAGUUUCAACAGGCCCUUCCUAAUGGUCAUAACUAUGGAAAACACUAUACUCUUCAUGGGAAAAAUUGUGAACCCUCUGAAGAGAAAUUAA